CAUUUCCCAGAAUCCUUCAGUGUGUUUUUGGAGCUUGCGCAAUGUGUUUUCCCUUGGUCCUUGAUAUUUUUAUUAUUGUUGGUGCUGCCAUAUACAAAGAGAAGAGAAACCAUAAACGGUCGUUUAUCCAAUUUCCUGACGCAUGAGGUUACUGGGUGAUCAUCUUCCUGCCAUGAGAGCUGACCACCAGGUCAAACGUCCCCCUUCCUUCUGCAGUUGAUGGAACUGCAGCUGGCACAGAGAUGACAGACAGUGUCAGGGCGUUCCUCCGCAAUGUUGCGACGGGGAUCAAGGAUUCCAUAUUGGGUAUUGGAACCAUUUCCAAGCUGGAUGCCCGCAUCCAGCAGAAAAGGGAGGAGCAGCGGCGAAGAAGGGCCAGCGGGGCUUUAGCACAGAGAAGGGCUCAGAGUGAGGAGCGGAAACCGGAUAAUGACCCCAAAGUAGCCAGCAGGAUCUUUCAGUGCUGUGCCUGGAAUGGAGGAGUCUUCUGGCUCAGCCUUUUUCUCUUCUACCGAGUGUUCAUCCCACUGCUCCAGACUCUCUCUGCAAAAAUUAUUGGUGACCCCUCGCUCCAUGGCAGUGUCUGGUCAUGGUUAGAGUUCAUCCUAACGUCUGUCUUUAGUGCUCUCUGGGUCCUCCCACUGUUUGUUCUCAGCAAGAUUGUCAAUGCUAUCUGGUUUCAGGAUAUAGCUGACUUAGCCUUCGAAGUGUCCGGCUGCAAAGCGCAGCCAUUCCCCAGCGUGAGCAAGAUCAUUGCCGACAUGCUCUUCAACCUUCUCCUCCAGGCACUCUUCCUCAUUCAGGGUAUGAUUGUGAGCCUGUUUCCCAUUGACGCCAUUGGACAGAUGGUCAGCCUACUGCACAUGUCUCUGCUCUAUUCCCUGUACUGUUUUGAGUAUCGCUGGUUCAACCGCGGCAUCGAGAUGCACCAACGGCUGUCCAAUAUUGAGAGGAACUGGCCCUAUUACUUUGGCUUUGGUUUGCCCAUGGCUUUGUUGACUGCCUUGCCUUCCUCAUAUAUCAUCAGUGGCUGCUUGUUCUCCAUCCUCUUCCCUCUCUUCAUCAUCAGCGCUAAUGAAGCCAAGACGCCAACAAAGCUGUACCAUUUUCAAUUGCGUCUCUUCUCGCUGGUGGUGUUGAUUAGCAACAAGCUUUUCCACAAGACAGUCCACCUGCAGUCCUCCAUGACAUCAUCGACAUCCUCAGAGAGGAUUGCAUCCCCUCACACCUCCCCAGUCCGACAAAGACUUGCGCCCAUUCAGUGAUGAUGAUGCUGCAUGAAGGAACUUUGUUUAAUGUGAAGGAUUUCCUUGAGUUUUACAGCACUGGUUUCACGUUUUUAUCUGAUUCUCGGCCAUUUUACUAAUAGUCGCUCGUCCAUGUACAGUGUGACAUAAAAAUUCCCAGUGCCUCACACUCGAAACACAUAAUUCAUCAAAAAAUUGUUUUUUUCUCAGUCCCCCCCUCACUUUGAUUUUGUAUAAUGUGCCAUUUGAGUUGCUCUCCUUUAAGAAAUAACAGCACAAUAAAUCAGGUAGAGAUUGAAGGACGUAAUUUGCAUUUAAGCAACUGAGGUUGUUUUGUCUAGUUGCAGUUAUGUGUUUGUUUGAGGGUGCAAGUUUCAAAUGUUCCUGUGGCUGUCAGAAAACGAUGUUAAAGUCAGGGGAGUUUUUUUUCUUUUUCCUUCAACAUCUUUUUUUUUUUUUUUAACAUGAAUUGGCAUGAGCUUCAAUAAUCUGGAACUUAAUACAAACAAAAAACAGUGUUACGUGAUUUGCUGAGGACUGGUUCUUGAUUAUCCUCCAAAUUAAAAUGGUCUUCACCCUCUGCAGAGAAAUGUGGUCAUUGUAAACUACAAAAUGACCCAAAAAACUGGUUAUCAUAAAUGUAUUCAGUGAUAAAUCGAUGACGCUGCCAAGCUGCAA